CCUGGAAUUUUUCAGACUAGCGGAGAGAAACACCGCGACCUAGUCUUAGCGUAAUUUUAGCUAAACUUCGGAAAGCCCUUCGCCGGUUUACAAUUGAUUUCCGCUUGACAAGAACAUCAGAACUGCUACAACAUGGAGUACGCACAAACAUUUACAGACGAAAUCCAGAUCACAAGCUCAGAACUGCAGCAGUUAAUCAACGACGGCAAACUUAACAUGGACAACAUUACAGAUCCCGCAAUACUCGGCCAAUUCGUAGACCCACAACUCAACAUACAACCCCAAAUAUCAACAAUGCCAACCAAUCAAAAUUAUGGAGCUCCGGUCAAACCUGGAGGCUCAAGGACGGCCAAUCGAGCAGGCAGUAGAGGAGGAUCAAAGCAGACCACACCCGAUGGGGUGUUUGUAGAAAUCGUGGAACAGCCCAAACAAAGAGGGUUACGAUUCCGUUACGAAUGCGAGGGAAGAUCAGCUGGAAGCAUUCCCGGAGACAAGAGCAGUGCAGAGAGAAAGACUUUCCCAACAAUUAAAAUUAUGAACUACACUGGUACUGCUGUCGUAGUGGUUUCCUGUGUAACAAAAGACGCGCCAUAUGAACCUCACCCUCACAACCUUGUAGGACGUGACUGUAAACGGGGUGUUUGUACCUUAAAGGUCAAGGACACAAACACUGUCAGUUUUCCUCACCUUGGAAUCCAGUGUGCAAAAAAGAAGGACGUAGAAAAUAACUUAAAGCAGAGGAAAGAGAUUAAUGUUGAUCCGUAUCAGAGUGGAUUCAAGCACAUGACCAAAGCUGGUAACAUAGAUCUCAAUGUUGUGAGACUAUGUUUCCAAGUAUUCCUGCCAGACGAGUCGGGCAAGAUAUCUCGAAUUGUUCCUCCAGUUGUCUCCCUUCCCAUCCACGACAAAAAGGCCUUGAAUGAACUUGUGAUAUGCCGUGUGGACAAAUCGUCGGGAAAAGCAAAGGGAGGCGAUGAGGUGUUCCUUCUGUGUGAGAAAAUUAACAGAGAGGAUAUCGGAGUUCGAUUUUACAAGGAGAAUGAGGUCAAUGAGUCGUUACUAGAUUGGGAGGAUUAUGGAGACUUCAGUCAGAAUGAUAUUCAUCGACAGUAUGCCAUCGUGUUUAAAACGCCACCGUACAAGGACACGUUUAUCACAAGACCUGUGGAGGUGAAAAUGCAGUUGAAACGCAUGAAUGACACGGAAACCAGCGAUCCUAUUCCUUUCACUUAUAUGCCUGAGGAUCCUGAUCCAGAUCGUCUUAAUGAGAAACGUAAGCGUAAGGCAGAAACAUUGAACAGCUACGGCCUGUUUGGAGAUGGUCUUCAAACCCUGUCGCAAGACGACAUCAAACAGAGGCUGAAGGUGAAGGCCACCAAAUCAAGAAUCAAGCAAGAAAAACCUGAGAGUAAUAAUUUUGAAUUGCCGAGCUAUUCCUUCAACAACCUUGGAGCAUCUCCCAUGCAGACAGAUGUGGCUACAACAGCACCCUCUCCUAUGAGUGUGAGAACGGCAGAUAACUCUGGCAUGGGCAGUGUCACCGUAACACCGACUGAAUCGGUGAGACAGCAAUUGGCAAGUCUCCCAGAAAACCAGCAGUUUGAAAUCCUUCGUCAGCUAGCCAUGAGCAAGCUGCAGCAUGAAGCUUUACAGAAACAACACCAACAGACAGGAAACAUGCCGGUCCCUUCAACAACAGCACCAUUUGCUGAUCUAUUCCAUAAUCAACAACAGGUUGUUCAGCAAACCAACUCCAGCAGUAACGUGUUGCUUGCUGACGUUUCUAUGCAACAGGGCCUGAUGUCGUCAGGGGCAACGACAUCUGACCAGACAGGCGGGCAGACAGUGGACUUAAACAUGCUGCAGACAUAUUUAGGCGACCAGGGUACGAACGUGUCAUUUGAGAGUAUCGAAGGGCUAUCGGGCAAUCUGCUAAACAUCAGUUACGAUCCUAAUGUAGCUGCAAUGGAGAAUGUGAUGAGCGAGACAAACCAGGCGAUACAAGGGCUGAGUCAGUCUGGGUGAAAAACAACGCACACAACUGUUGUUUUUUUUAUAGAGAGAGAUUUUAUUACAAGUGUUGUUGCUUAAUGAAAUAUAAGACAGUGGUGUUCAAAGUUUCAUCUUACAAAACCAUCAGAAUGUUUGCAGUAAAAAAGUGAAAGAAACGAUUAAAAAGCAAUAUACACUGUAUGGGUGAAAUCUCCGACUGUGGUACGCACAUUCCACACACGCGGGUCGGUCCCGAUGCUGGUACUGUGAUGAUGACAGGUAAACCCAGAAUAAAUUGUGGUUGCGACGGUGUCCAUGGAUGACCGUCAUAUCACACAUACAGGCCUUAACUGUGAUGGCUACACUUCAGUACUAACCAACAAUGGCUGAUAGCGGUUGUAGACUUGAAGUAAAAAUCCUGAAUCAAAAAAAAAAAAAAAGAAUUAUUCUUCACUUAAUUUAUUUAUCAUGAUUCUGCUUUCAAUUUGAAGUUUGAUUUGUAGAUUUAAAACCCUGCUUGAUUGUUAUUUUCUAUCUAGCUAUAUAAAACAGUGUCACUCGACAGCAUAGCUGUCCCACUAAUAGACAGACAGAAUUUGGUAGUUGUAGUAUGGUCUUCCCAACUCCGAGCUCAACUCAAGUUGUACACCUUAAAAUUUUUGGACGACGCCUCUGUAUAGAUUAGGCAUGUCACCUAUAGGUUGAUAAUUUAACAUAGUAGAUAUCAGGAUGGCCAUCUUGGAAGUCCUGUAAUAGUUCAGUCUGUAUCGCAAGGUUUUGGUGCAAAUUUCCAACCCACAUAUAUAUAUAUAUAUAUAGUAUAUAUGGACUUGCAUAUAUACAUUAGGUAGGGAAUCUGUCCCUUUCUGAUUAGUGAAGUGGAUUGUGAUAUUCAUGAUGUCGAGAGUCCCAUCAUGACAUGCCAGAAUCACUCGUGUAGCAAUUAAUUUCUGUAGUGAAUUUUGUCUAACUUUCAAGUAGCAUAUUUUUUCCAGAAAACCAGUAGGUCAGCUUUAAUUUAACACAAUUCUUUUUAACUAAAACUAUAUUUAUAGAAAACUCUUCUAGGAAUAAUGUUUCUGAUUUAUAGAAAACUCUUUGGAAUAAUGUUUCCGAUUUAUAGAAAACUCUUAGGAAUAAUGUUUCUGAUUUAUAGAAAACUCUUAUGAAUAAUGUUUAGUUAUACAUUAUUGUAAGGGGAACCGAGUGUGGAAAAAAGUUGUUGUACAGAUAGUGCUAUAUCCUUGUUGAUCCCACGAUUCCAGAUACCUAUAUGUUUACAUAUUACAUGUACUAGAAAUUACUUCCAUACUAUUAUAUUCCUAUACCACGCCCCUGUUGUGUUUCUUGAAUGUCCUUCACAAGACCGAAUAUGUUUAUUAGUCCCCCUACCAGUGAAACCUAUGGAGACUUUAGGCUUUCUCUCUGUAAGUCUUUUACUUACAUGUACAUACACCUUGCGUAUGUAACGCCAAAGAUUGCGAGUGCUCUAGCGGCUUCAUUCCUUGAUGGAUUUUGAUUAAACUUCAUAAAAGGACCAUAAUAUCUCGGAACAAUUUUAAGUUUCAUGGAUUUUGGCUCAAGGUCAAGGUCACUUAUUGUUUUAAAUGGGGAAGGAGGGGGACAUGUAUUGUUUUAGCAAUACACAGUAUACUUGCUAACAAAAAUGUCAUAAUCAGGAGGAAUAUAGAUCGUUUCUGUAUAAAAGGGAGUUUUACUGGAUGAAGUUUAUUUUUCGGUGGACUUAUAUUGUUAUAUUGUUUUAAUUUCAUCGAUCCAGAUUCGAAGUGCUCUGUAUGGCAUUUUGAAGGCUAAAAUUUUCUGUUAUUUGGAUUUGAAUCUUUAGCGGGGCAAAAUUUGGUGUGUACUUGUUAAACCAAUACAUAUACGUAUACUGUUCUGAAAAUAGAAUAAAGUUCAAGAAAAGGUAGUUUGGACUGGUCAGGUGAUCAUAUUUGAUAAAAGUAUACAUUUUUUGUAGCCUUACAGUUGUAACAGUCAGUAUGUUUGUUCCCAAACUGUUAUUAGAUAUUUCUAAUUCUAGAUUAAAACAAGUCAGAAUUAAUAUUUAAUACCAAUGACACAGAAUGAGAUAUAAGUUGAGGUAAAAGAUACUACUGUUUUGGUGAUUACACCAUAUGUAAAUCAUUUUAUGAAAAGGACUGACAUUUUUUUACGUCAUUGUGGCAGAACAUCCAAUAACAGAUAAAAGUAAAAUCCAGCAAGUUAAUUAUUGAUAAUCAAAUUUGAUGAAAAAUCUUUUAAAGGUUAUACGAAAAUGAAUUUCAAGCUCAACUAUGGCAUUUAUAUAUGGUUUGUGAAUAUUCAUGUACCUCUGGUAAUGAAUAUUUGUCCAGUUAAGGAUAAUACGUACCUUAUGGGGUAUUCCAUGUUCGUCUUUUUAAAGAGAAUAUCGUAUGGUAGCUAUAUACUGUAUCAAAUUUUCAUCUCAACAUUUGUUUAUAUGUGAAAGUGUCCGAUUCUACAGUACGAAUCUACAGUACAAUAUAUUAUAGGUGUAUAUUUAUGGUGAGCAUUGUGAAGAAAUAUGUGUGGAUUAUCUUUGCAUGGGUCCUCAUUUUAAAAACAGAUUAAUAAUUAACAUAUUCAUUAUGUGAUACCAAUGUUUUUAUGUGUAUAUAAAGGAUUUAUUAAGAGAAAAAUAUUCAAUUAAAAUGUACAUUAUGAUAUGUAAAA